CUGUAUAGUUGAAGAUUCGAACACAACGUGGGUGGUGGUGAAUGGGCGAAAGAUCGGACAUUCUUGUGGAGACGGAUAUAGGUAUAGAUAUGGAUUACAGAUGACCAGUGGUGGUGUACGACCAGGAUUAGAAAGAGACUUUUGCUGGUCAGACUGUCCAGUCGAUUGCCAAAUGUCUACCUGGAGUAAUUGGACAGCUUGCAACGUACCUUGUGGCCAGGGCUUCAAAGAAAGAAGACGGCAGAUAGUUGUUCCUGCAAAUCAUCUGGGAAGACCUUGCCCACAAGCAAAUAAUGGAACGGAAAUUCAAAAAGAAGUCUGUAAUGUAUUAUGCACUGAUUACCGAUGGUCCACAGGAGGCUGGAGUACCUGUAAGCUUUCUGAAGCUGAGUCAGUUUGUGGCAACGGAACCAGAUACAGAACAGUGAAGUGCCUGGAAAAGCGGAGCGAGAGCACAGUGGAUGACUCCCGAUGUGACCCUCUGGAAAGGCCAGCUUCUUAUUCACACUGCAGAAUCCAUUGUCCGGGAGAAUGCGUGGUUUCGCCUUGGACUGUGACGAAAAAGUGCUCAGAACCAUGUUCCGCAAAUUAUUUCCAAGAGUCAAAUCGAAAAAUUCUUCGCUUUCCAAAUUCAACAGUGGACACCUGCCCAGAACUAACAUCUAAAAAGUCAUGCAUUCUGAAUAAGACCUGUCAUGAGCACUCUUGGAUUCUUGGACCUUGGGGUUCCUGUAUUUUACCAACGGGCGCUUACUGUGGCGAAGGGGUUCAAAAGAGGCCUCUUGUUUGUCUAAGAAGUGACGGAAGACAAGUAGAUGGUAUACAAUGUGAAAAGGGACACAAGUCAUUGUCUUUGAAAGAACCUGUAUCAAAGCCUUGCUAUGUCGAUUGUCCGGUAGAUUGCGAGUUGAGUGAAUGGUCGCCCUGGAAUCAAAGCGAUUGCAACGCCUGUGGUCUUCAUGGAGUCAUGACUCGCCGCCGUCAAGUCAUUCAGCCUCCUAGCGACGCAGGCCAACCUUGCCCGGCUGAGAUGGUUCAGCGGAAACCUUGUCCAUUCAAAGCUUGCUACCGAUGGAAGCACUCACAGUGGUCAGAUUGUGAACUCGAAGGAGCACAUUGUGGAUUUGGAGUGAGACGCCGCUUGGUAGAAUGCAUUCGAUACGAUGGUCUUCGUGUCGACAAAAUAUAUUGCUUGUCAAUCAACGUGUCAUUUUCUUACGGGAAUUGGCUGGAUCCAGCAUGGCUAAUCAUGGCUCAAGAGGAAAGCCAAGAAGAACAGUUAUGUCACACGCCGUGUCCUGGUGACUGCAUUGUGACUGAAUGGUCAGAGUGGAACCACUGUCACAAAAAUUGCCGGGCAGGACAGAAAGGUAAAUUAGUUGGCUAUCAGACAAGUUCACGAAAAAUUCUAUUUCCUGCUAGCAAACUGUCCCUAGACGCUUGUCCUUCGAAAAUGUGGAGGAGAAAACCUUGUUGGAAAGACGAUUGCAAUGUAUUUCAUUGGAGAUUAAAAAAUGACACUUUGAUUUGUGAAAGAAAAGAUGGCCUUCUUGUACAAGGAGGUUGUACUUCAGAGCCUCGGCCAUGCUGGGGCAAAUGCGAAACCAUGGGCGGACUUUGUGACCCCACCUCUGGACUGUGUCACUGCGAAGACUCAAAUGGUCACAGACUGUCUGUGCUGAGCCCUUCCUCGGGCAGGUGCCCCACGGAAACAAAGGGACCACAUCCGCCAGCCAAUCAUUCAGCCCCAACGGCGGAAAUUAGACUCAUGUACUAUCCAGAUGAUAGUAAAGCAAGCUUUUGGAUGUAUGCAAUGAUAUCCAUAGGGACAGCAUUUGUCAUUUUUGUAGCUGUCACCGUAUACCUCAUGUGUCGGUCUAGUCUCCGUCAGAGAACCGUCAGCGUGGAAAGGCAACCAAGCUUGCGUAGAAGGAAUAACAUUUCCAAGAUGACGAGCGAGUCAACUAACGCAGAUGAACACAUCUCUCACCAAUCGUAUUCGCAACAAAACUAAAGACAUCAUUUGAAUUACUAUGAACUUGUAUUUGACCAAGCAUAUCAUCUCUAGUUGCCAACAUUUUAUUCCAUACCAUUUUAUCCAUCAGUUGCAUUUGCCAUUCUUAUAGCAUUACUGUUACAUACAUUUCUCCAAAUUCUGUGUCGUCGGAUCAGUGUCCCACAGCAAAUAAAAAUAUAACUUCUGCUGAAACAACAGACAUCAGAAAAAUUCAACUUCAACUAUAAAAUAGUAAAUACAUUACUUGUUAUGAAUCCCGAAAGAACUUUAUUUUAUUUCGAAGCCAAGGUAUAUUUUACUGAUUUAAAGUUUCAUUUAAGGUGCUUCGACUGAAAUUGAUUUUCCGCACCAUGAGAACAAGGUUUUAAAUAGAUGUAUUUUCAUUUCUAUUUUUAAUAAUUCUGGUCUGUUUCGUUGUACUAAGCCAUCAGUUAAGUGCUACAUGCUGUUAAAAUCUUUUAUUUUCUUCGGAUGUUGAUAAGCAUAUUGUAAAUAUAUUUCCACUUAUUAAAAUUGACUUUU